UUGGCCUCUCCUUUCCCCGCUCCCUCUUGUCCGAGGAGCCAACGCCGCCGCCGCCGCCGUCGUCACCAUGCCGAAGCACUACCGGCCUGCGGGCAAGAAGAAGGAGGGGAACGCGGCGAAGUACAUCACCAGGAGCAAGGCGGUGAAGUACCUGCAGAUUAGCCUCGCAACCUUCAGGAAGAUAUGCAUUCUCAAGGGCGUCUUCCCCCGGGAUCCAAAGAAGAAGGUGGAAGGGAACCACAAGACCUACUACCACAUGAAGGAUAUUGCCUUCCUGGUCCAUGAUCCCUUGAUUGAGAAGUUCAGAGAAAUCAAGGUCCACAGGAAGAAGGUCAAAAAGGCUUUUGCCAAGAAAAAUAAGGAUCUUGCAGAUAGAUUGUUGAACCGACCACCAACUUACAAACUUGACAGGCUCAUUCUUGAAAGAUAUCCAACUUUUGUUGAUGCUCUUCGUGACUUGGAUGAUUGCCUGACAAUGGUGCAUCUUUUUGCUGCGUUGCCUGCUGUUGAAGGUGAACGUGUGCAAGUUCAGCGGAUUCAUAAUUGCCGCAGGUUGAGCCAUGAGUGGCAAGCAUAAUCUCGAACUCAUUCCCUGCGGAAGACAUUUAUAUCUGUCAAGGGCAUAUAUUACCAAGCUGAAGUUCAAGGUCAAAAGGUCACCUGGCUAACUCCACAUGCUCUUCAACAAGUUUUAACCGACGAUGUCGACUUCAAUGUGAUGCUUACCUUUUUGGAAUUCUAUGAGACUCUUCUCGGUUUUAUAAACUUCAAGCUUUACCAUUCAAUAAAUGUAAAUUAUCCUCCUGUUCUGGAUCCUCGUUUGGAAGCCUUAGCUUCUGAGCUCUAUGCAUUGUGCCGGUACAUGUCUUCUGGAAGGGUACCUGGAAAUUCAGAGUCUGCUGGAUUAAUUGAAGACAAAGAGGAUGAAAAUAAUAAAGAGAGCUCAAAAACAGACGAGUCUGAAAUCCGAUUGGCGCAGCUUCAACAUCAACUCCCAACUAAUGAACCUGGAGCACUAAUGCAUCUUGUACAAGAAUCUACUGCUACUGAUGCAGAGGACGCAGAUGCCAAAGAAUGCAAGAGUUUAUUCAGAAACCUGAAGUUCUACCUAAGUCGCGAGGUGCCUAGGGAAUCUCUCUUAUUUAUCAUUCCAGCGUUUGGAGGUACCGUUUCAUGGGAAGGAGAAGGAGCUCCAUUUGAUGAGACAGAUGAAGACAUCACCCAUCAGAUUGUUGAUAGACCGACCCAAAGCCAUGUUUUUCUCUCUAGGGAGUAUGUGCAACCACAGUGGAUAUAUGAUUGCGUGAAUGCUCGCAUCAUACUGCCAACAGAAGGUUAUUUUGUUGGGAGGGUGCCUCCACCACAUUUAUCUCCCUUCGUGGACAAUGAUGCAGAGGGUUACAUUCCCGAGUAUGCAGAGACCAUUAAGAGGCUACAAGCUGCUGCUCAAAACCAGGUGUUGCCUCUGCCAAGUAUUGGUGACGAAGAUAUGGAAAAUUCGCUGGUAGAGGCAAUUAUUGAUCGAUCAGAGUCUAAUGAAGUUGCUGACAAGAAGAGGAAGUUGGAAAUGCUAGAGAAGCAGUACCAUGAUGAGCUGAAGAUGGAAUGUGAAGGAAUGACCUUCUCAAAUAGGACGACAGAUAACCCACCAGAUGUUAUGGACAAAAAUGAUGGUAAACAAGCCGAGAAGGAUGCUGCUGACAUUUCUAAGGCCCUUAUGUCUCGCAAGCAGAGAGGUCUUCUUCAAGCAAUUGAGAUUCACCAAGAAAGGAAAAGAGACAAAGUGAGCCUACUGAAGAAAAGGAAAAAGAAUGCUGAUUCCAGUGCUUCUGCCAAAGGUCGCUGAGGCUCGAAGCUCAUCUCAUCUCCUCACUGUAUCUGUUGACUGAAAUUGUUCAUCGAUCAGUGCUUCUCUGGAGUUGCUGCUACGAUCGGCACAUCCACAUGUUCUUUUGCAUGAUAAGUAGCUAUAUUUAGGUUGUUUUACAUGGGCUUCAAGAUGUACCCAGAUACACCAUUAGAAAAUUUUGAGCUAUUUACCAAGUGUCUUAUUGAGUAGUUAUUAAUAUAUCAAAUUUUGUUACGUUGCUUAAAACAAUCAUCAACCAGGGCCUAUGUGCUGCCCAGCUGGUGGUGCUGCAAAAUACAACUUGGUCGACUUAGCUCAGUUUAAAAGCAAAUCAAACAUGACAAAUUUA